AUGCCCCUCAGCACCAGCUACCUCCAAUCCGAAUUCACACAACCACAAAGCGUCAAACGUCAACGCCGACCAGGAACUGCAGAAGCAGCAACGAUACCAACACCAUCAACAGGAACAAUGGCAGCAAGAGUAGCAUAUAACUACGUCACCCCUCGCCAUUUUCUGGACUUUAUCAAUCACUGUGUACGCCUGUCCAAUGAGAUACGAGAAGAUUUGGAGGAGCAACAGCGCCAUUUAAAUAUUGGGUUGGAAAAAUUGAGAGAUACAGUAGAUAAAGUAGAAGAGCUCCGCAUCAGCUUGAAUAUCAAAGAAGGUGAAUUAAAAGCUAAAAACGCUGAAACCGAGGAGAAAUAUUAUGCCUAUCGAUCAACAGAAAACCGAGACCAAAAGAAGAAGCCCGCAAACUUGAAGAAUGAAGUUACGAAAGAACGUACCAACAAUGCUGCGACAGGGGGAGAGAGGAUGAAAGAUCGGUACUCUGUUGAGCUGUCGUGCGAAACAGAGAAGGGAUAUAGCAACUUCGGUUGUGAAGCUAUUCGAGAGUACCGAGAGGAUCGGGCAGAUGUUGUGAUGAUGGAUUUUGCUAAUCAAGAGACUUGGUACGUCGGAUUAUUAACUUUGCAGCAAAGUCAAUGGAAUUGGGAUAUUUCUUUCGUCGAAAAUUCCAGACUGUCGCGUAAUAAUAAACGGAUAUCAGUACUCGACCAAUUUAAAGAAGAUUUAGAGAAGUGGCAAGUAUAA